GGUCACGUGACGUUCGGCCCGGAAGCUCUUGAGCCGAAGACACCACCUCUCGGAUGACCCGGUUUGUAGCUGCUGGUUCAAGUGCUCUCCCCUGUCCAACGCAAUGGCCUGGACCAAGUACCAGCUGUUCCUGGCCGGGCUCAUGCUGGUCACCGGCUCCAUCAACACGCUUUCAGCAAAGUGGGCAGACAACUUCAAAGCUGAAGGCUGUGGAGGGAGCACGGAGCACAACUUUGAACAUCCCUUCCUCCAGGCAGUGGGUAUGUUCCUGGGAGAGUUUUCGUGCCUUGCUGCCUUCUACCUGCUCCAGUGCAGAGCCAGAAGACAAUCUGACUCCAAUGUAGAGCCCCAGCAGUCCUUCAAUGCCCUCCUUUUCCUGCCCCCAGCCCUGUGUGACAUGACUGGAACCAGCCUCAUGUACGUGGCCCUGAACAUGACCAGUGCCUCAAGCUUCCAGAUGCUGCGGGGAGCAGUGAUCAUCUUCACAGGCCUGUUCUCAGUGGCCUUCCUGAACCGGAGGCUGGCACCAAGCCAGUGGGUGGGCAUCCUGGCCACCAUUGUGGGACUGGUGGUGGUUGGCCUCGCUGACCUCCUAAGCAAGCAUGACAGUCAACACAAGCUCAGCGAAGUCAUCACAGGUGACUUGUUGAUCAUCAUGGCCCAAAUCAUCGUUGCCAUCCAGAUGGUGCUAGAGGAGAAGUUUGUCUACAAACACAACGUUCACCCACUCAGGGCAGUGGGCAUUGAGGGCUUCUUUGGCUUUAUGAUCCUCUCACUGCUCCUUGUGCCCAUGUACUACAUCCCAGCUGGCUCCUUUAGUGGGAACCCUCGUGGGAUGCUGGAGGAUGCACUGGAUGCCUUCUGCCAGGUGGCCCGACAGCCCCUGAUUGCCCUGGCUCUGCUGGGCAAUAUCAGCAGCAUCGCCUUCUUCAACUUUGCCGGGAUCAGUGUCACCAAGGAACUGAGUGCCACCACCCGCAUGGUGCUAGACAGCUUACGUACUGUGGUCAUCUGGGCCUUGAGCCUCGCACUGGGCUGGGAGACCUUCCACCCACUGCAGAUCCUUGGCUUCUUCAUCCUUCUCAUGGGCACUGCCCUCUAUAAUGGACUGCACCAUCCACUGCUAGCCUGCCUGUCCAGGAGCUGGCAUCCCCCUGCCCAAGAUGGUGAGCAAGAGAGACUGUUGGGUGACAGCCGGACUCCUAUCAAUGAUGCCAGCUGAGCCCCUGGUGGGGGGGUCUUCUGCUGCCACCAGAUGACUGAAGCCAUGCAGACUGGUGGGCUGUGAGUGCCCUGUCCCCAAGGCCUCACCCCACCCCUCCCUAAUGACCCCUUUGGACAGCUGCUGCCAGAGAGGAUGGCAGAACACCAGGUCCUCUUUUAUUCCUGAUGCCUAUAAUGUUGGGACCCAGCCUCCACAGGCCAGGGUAUGGCAUCCCAGUUCUUUCUGCAAAAUUGUGAGCUUGAAUGGCAGGAAUUUACAACCCUAGUAUUUCUGUGUAAUACACUAACUUGUUACAGUAGAUUAUCUAGCUUAUGAAUCAUAAGCUACAAAGAAUUUGGUGAGCAGGUUCAAAUCAGAGCUCAGAGAUGUAGUCUCCAAACUUAAGCCUGUCUGGAGACUGAGAGUCCGGCUCAGACUUGGUUGCAGACUUCCGUGUGUGCACCAGGUCUGUCCACUCUGGAGCACAGGUGGACACAAUGUGGUUUUCGUGCCUUGCAGCCCCAGCAUUCUGUGGGCCUCUGACUGUCACUAGCAUUAGAAAAGAGGUAUGGUACCUCUCCUCACCAUGGUGGGGUUUUUUUGCCACUCUGCAGCCCUGGCUGGCCUGAAACUCAUGAUGUAGACCAGGCUGGCCUGGAACUCAUGAUGUAGACCAGGCUGGCCUCAAACUCAUAGAGAUUCACCUGUCUCUGCUUCCUGAGUGCUGGAAUUAAAGGUAUGUGUCACCAUGCCCAG